AAUCGCAGCAAUGGCAGCUUCUUCUUCCUCAGUUCAUUCCAGAGAUAGACGCCAACACCUGCCGCUCAUCAUGUGCCCUGAUUGCCAGGAGGUCAGGGUGGAGACAAACAUCUGCAGCAAAGAAGGGCCGAACGAGGGGAGGCGCUUCUACAAGUGCCCGAUCGACAGUGGCCCAGACAAGUGCGGCUGGUUCAGGUGGGAAGAUGUUUACGCCGGAAUCAUUCGGCGGAGGGAAGCUCGCCUGAGGUAUGGAGACCCAUACGGUGUCCAAGGUUCGAGCCAAGGCAUGGCUGGACAUGCUACGCAGACGCAGCCGGAGCAGGCACCCGAGAUCGUCAGGCAGCCGCGGACUGAGCAAGCACAGGCCAGGGGAGGCCGCGACUGGCUCGUUAUCUGCCUCAUGGUGAUCAACAUGAUCUUCACCCUGACCAUCCUUUCACAGGUGUGAUGAGCUACUGUCAAGCACGCUAUCCGUUCUAAUCGUAGACAUAUGUUUUCCAAUUAUCCACUAUAAUCCUUUCCCUCUAGUUCUAGUUGCGAGUCACUGAGCCUGUUGAUUAGGUCGUUAAUGGGUCAUCGAGUUAGCAUGCAAAAGCUUGUCAGUGUAUGCUUCAA